AUGGGAACUGUCCGUAAAGGUGAUAUGAACUACACUCUCGAUGAUUUCACCAAACUCGAAAAGAUCGGAGAGGGAACGUACGGAGUGGUCUACAAAGGCAGAAACAGAAGAACCAAUGCUAUGGUUGCCAUGAAAAAAAUCAGAUUGGAAAGUGAAGAUGAGGGUGUUCCAUCGACAGCGGUCAGAGAGAUCAGUUUGCUCAAAGAGCUUCAGCAUCCAAAUGUGGUGGGACUGGAAGCGGUUAUAAUGCAAGAAAAUCGCUUGUAUUUGAUCUUCGAGUUCUUGUCGUAUGACUUGAAAAGAUAUAUCGAUACGUUGGGAAAGGAUGAGUAUCUCACUCCAGAUGUUCUCAGAAGCUACACUUUCCAGAUUUUGCAAGCCAUGUGCUUCUGUCAUCAGCGGCGUGUAAUCCAUCGUGAUCUGAAACCUCAAAAUCUGCUGGUUGACAGCAAAGGAGCUAUCAAGCUAGCUGAUUUUGGACUCGCCAGAGCUAUCGGAAUUCCAAUUCGUGUUUAUACACACGAGGUUGUUACCCUGUGGUACAGAGCUCCCGAGAUAUUGAUGGGUGCACAUCGCUAUUCUAUGGGUGUCGAUAUGUGGUCUAUCGGUUGCAUUUUUGCCGAAAUGGCCACCAAGAAACCAUUGUUCCAGGGAGACUCAGAAAUCGAUGAGCUCUUCCGUAUCUUCAGAGUUCUCGGAACACCGACCGAGCUCGAGUGGAAUGGAGUUGAAUCACUUCCAGACUACAAAGCUACUUUCCCCAAGUGGCGGGAGAACUAUCUCCGCGACAAAUUCUACGACAAGAAAACUGGUAGAAAGUUUAUGGACGAAGACGGAUUCUCUCUGCUUGAGGGACUAUUGAUCUAUGAUCCAGCUCUCCGUCUCAGUUCAAAAAAAGCUCUCAUUCAUCCAUAUUUCAACGACAUAGACACUUCAAAGCUCCCAGCUGGAAACUACAGAGGAGAGCUUCAACUCGAAUGA